CUGCACAACGCUGCUGCAGAAGACGCUCCGCGAUCAUAUUUGGGAAUAUUCACGCAGAAAAAAGGGAUUGUUGUCAAGUUUGCACACACCGGAAUUCAUUUCUGAAAUUGCAAACAUGAUUCCCGAGGAAAGCUUUGGCUCCGUGGAGAACAGGAUGCAGUCUGCUGGCUUGGCUCUGGAGGAGCUGCUGGUUACGGCUCAGGAACAAGAUUGUUUGACUGUUGGCAUCUAUGAAUCCGCCAAAGUUCUCAAUGUAGAUCCAGAUAAUGUGGUCCUGUGUGUCCUGGCCGCUGAUGAUGAGGAUGAUGUUGCACUGCAGAUCCACUUCACAUUGCUUCAGUCCUUCUGCUGCGACAGCGGCAUCACCAUCCUGCGCGUCUCCGGGGUGCAGCGCGUCCGGCAGCUUCUGGGUGCCGAAGAUGCCAACAGAAACCAGGAGGAGUGGGGAGACCUUCACUGCAUGCUGGUUACGAACCCUCAAGUGGACCACUGCAGAUUACAAGAAGUGGGGACGUACUGCUUGGAGAGUCGACGUCUUAAUCAGUGGGUGCCCAAACUGGUCCUGCAGGAACGCUGAAGCGUCUGCAUCUCCAAAAUACCCACAUCCCUCUGGGUGCACAUACCAAUGAAAUGAAGGAUAAUAAUGCCCAAGCAGCGAUGGUCCAGAGUGAACUCUGCCCAGUCGACUGUCCAGACUGAUGACAAGCAGGAGACAGAGUCUCUCUCACAGUUGGACUGCAAACUGGUUUCUAAAAUGUUGAGUUGUGUGUGUGAAAGGUAAUGACUGAGAAGCAGAUUGAUGUUACAUCACUUUUAGAAAAACACAGUCUUAAGCUUCCUGGGUUUCUGUUUGGGUACUUUAAAUGUCUAAGGGCUUUGACGUUGAAUAGUAGAGGAGCAAAAGCUUUUGUAGUAACUUCUCCACACCUUGUUUGAUACGUAGAGGUGUCUUUACUGUCUGGGCAGAAACGUUUUAAUAAGAAACUACCGCACACUCCACAUUCCAGCAAUUUUUUUCUGAUUCGGGAGAGUCUCUGAAGAGGUGGUGUGUGUGAAUGCGUGGCAUGCAUGUACAAUACUCGUGUCAUUCUUUAGAAAUAAACGGGUGUGCAGGGCGUGCAUUCCUGAAAUUAGCAGCUGAACCUGCUGCAGAGGAGUUGUCACCAUGGAAACUGAAAUAGAAAUGAUAAAGGCACACAGGACUUGCUGGCAUUAGGAGACCACAAAAAAAAAAAACGGGCUCAGAACAGAACCUGAUGAAUUUUCUUUUCCGAUGCAACAGGGUACAGGAUGAACUGUGUUGUGUGACCACAACAAGUUAGCUUUAAAUUACUUUUAUCAGGAAUAAGAGAAAGGAGGAAAAACAGUCUGGAUAUUUGUGCCUUUUUUUGAUACAGAUAUAAAGUAGUUUUAACAUUAAUUUAUUAAAUGCAUCUGUUGUAUUUGCAUCCUUUUUUUUUUUUUUGCUCAUGUUUUGUACUCUG